AGCAUGAAACACACACCAUCUGCAGAGAGUUUUUUUUGCACAUAUCCAAACACGCCCUGAUAGAGAAGAAGGAAGGCUCUGGGAGACGAGCCAGGAAGAAAGCUCUGAAUCCUCUGAUAGACGACGAAGAGCCGGGAAAAGCUUCGUUUCAAUUGUCUCAAUUAGGGUUCCAGCGGAACUCCGAUGGCUGCUCGCACGCUCUCAUACUUUUCGAUCUCACCAUCACAAAGAUGCAAACGUUCCGUUCCCGAGAACUCGUUCACUCCCAAUCCGAAAUCUCUAUCUUGCUCAUCUCUACGGCGGGGCCUCCCAUUUGGUGUUUCGAGUUUGAGCAUCCACACUUCUAAACGACGCAGUUUAGCUGCUGCGACACUCACGUCCGAUCCCCCAUCUUCAUAUGCAGAGAGAGUUAAUGGGGUAGAGCCAAAAUGGUCUGCCAGGGCUAUAAAGUCUUUUCAGAUGGCCGAAUUAGAAGCUAGAAAGCUCAAGCAUCUCACCACUGGCACUGAAUCUUUGCUCAUGGGUAUCUUGGUUGAAGGAACCAGUUCGGCUGCUAAGUUUUUGAGGGAAUGUGGUGUCACCUUAUCUAAGGUGCGACAUGAAGCUGUAGAGCUACUUGGCAAAUCUGAUAUGUUUAUUUACAGUCCCGAGCAUCCUCCUUUGACAAAGCCUGCUCAGAAGGCUAUUGAUUGGGCGGUUGACGCAAAGCUGAAAUCAGGUCAGGAUGGAGAAUUGACAGUAGCCCAUAUUCUUCUUGGCAUCUGGUCUCAAACAGAAUCUGCAGGGCAUAUAAUAUUGGAUACACUUGGUUUUGAUGAUGAGAAGGCCAGUGAGCUAGCUAACUUUACAGACAAGGACAUCACAAUGAGCUUUAGAUAGCAGCUGCUUCGGAUGGUCAAGCAAUUGUCAGUUUGCUUGUUGUAACCCAUGAAAACUAGCAAAGGCCGGCGUUCUGCUAUAUGCCGCGCUUAUUCGUUCCUCAUACAACACACAUUUUGGCAUCUUUGAAGGAGAUUGUAUUUUUUUUUGUAACUUGAAAAAAUGAUCUUGGAAGCAAAUUUAUAAUUAAGUAAUGGCAGUAAUGGCAGUAAUUAAAUGAUCUUGUAUUUUAUACUGGUUCUAUUGUCGUUGGAGGGACGUGAUUAGCUACUUAUGGUAUAUUUU